GGGGUGCCGAGGUUCCCAUCAACCACCCCUCAAAUAGACAAGACUCAAGUAGGGGGAAUUUUCAUUUCUUCAGGUAACUACAGGGUUCAUUUCUUUCUGACGAUAUGUACAUUAAGUCGUGAAAUGUGGACAAAUUAAUGUCGUGAAAUGUGGACAAAUUCAUGUCGUGAAAUGUGGACAAAUUAAUGUCGUGAAAUGUGGAUAAAUUCAUGUCGUAAAAUAUUAAUGUCGUGAAAUAUGGACAAAUUCAUGUCGUGAAAUGUGGACAAAUUCAUGUCGUAAAAUAUUAAUGUCGUGAAAUGUGGAAGAAUUCAUGUCGUGAAAUGUGGACAAAUUCAUGUCGUGAUAUGUGGACAAAUUUGUAAGGAGGCGGUGCCAGAAACUGACCAUAUCUGCCAGCACCGCGGGCUAGUGGCCGUCAGGAAAUUUUUGUGACAACUUUAAAACUGUGGCCGUCAGGAAAUAUUUGUGACAACUAUAAAACUGUGGUGGUCAGGAUAUAUUUGUGAAAACUUUAAAACUAUGGUGGUCAGGAAAUAUUUGUGACAACUUGAAAACUGUGGCCGUCAGGAAAUAUUUGUGACAACUUUAAAACUGUGGCCGUCAGGAAAUAUUUGUGACAACUUUAAAACUGUGGCCGUCAGGAAAUACAUGUGACAACUUUAAAACUGUGGCCGUCAGGAAAUAUUUGUGACAACUUUAAAACUGUGGCGGUCAGGAAAUAUUUGUGACAACUUUAAAAGUGUGGCCGUCAGGAAAUAUUUGUGACAACUUUAAAAGUGUGGCCGUCAGGAAAUACAUGGGACAACUUUAAAACUGUGAAAUUGUGAUGUUGACAUAUUAUUGACAGAGAUUUGUGAUGAUGACCUUGGGCCAGUGACCAGGAUACCAAUGACUCACCCUAUGGUCACGUGAUCAAAGCCCGUGGAACUCACCUUCUGACCAGACGAAGCAGGUUGUGUUCCAAGAUGGAGGAUUCGGGCAUCAUCAUGAGGACUGACGUCAUGAGAACCGAGGCCCCCCACGUGACCUCAUCUGUCAGCUACGUCACUCUCCAGGCUGACCUCGAGGCCCGACCGUUCGUGCUCCGAUUGGAAUUCUGCCGGAAGUUUUCACCCCCUCCCAUCCCGCCCUGGUUGGUGGAGAGGCCGGAAAGAUUACGUCACUUGGUGGCUAACUGCAGCAGUUGGAGGAGGUACACAGAUCUGUGUUCGCUGGAGAUAGCACCCGAGUACCCCCAAGCUCUGGCUGAACGCCCACGUGCAGCACCAGUUAUCAUACAAUGGAUCCCUCUAAUCGUCGCUCUCUUCAUCGCUACUUUCAUCAUCGUGGCCGUAACAAUCCUCUACCGGUUGUACAAGUCAAACAGGAUGAAGUGUGGCUUCUGUACCGACUACAAGAACUACAGUACGCCCACGAGGUCCAUGGUUUCCAGCGUUACCAUAGAAACACAGCUCUCCAUUUGUGCCUUAGAGGACGAAUCUUUGCUGGCUCUUCGACCGUCGCAUUUGAUUUAUGAAGACCAAACGCAAAGUAGGGGACAUAAUCAAAUCAAAUUAUCGGCCAGCCCGCCCGCUGUUCAACGUAGCCCGCUGUAUUCACGGGAGGUCAUUCUUCAUCCCGCACGUCUAGCAGACGCCGAAGUCCAGUCCCGGAUGUACAUCACAGAUUUGUCCGUCUGCGAUUAUUAUUCCAGUCACUCGUUACCAACAGACGCUGACGCGUUAGGACCCAAAGUGCAUCAAUCAAGUAUUUUGAAACUUGAAAAUAAUGAAAACAGAGACAGCAGACUCCCAGAGAUAGUCUCCCUUCCUGCUGGUAGUGACCAGUUAACUCCCCUCAGUGAGUGCAGCCGACCGCUGUUUGCGGAAAACAAACAAAUGGGCGUGUUUCAGCGUAGCAGACGAAAGGUUCGUGGGAUGGUUCAGAGCUGUCGCAAGGCGGGAGCCACGUUUGUACAAGAUGUUUUCGGACACAGGCCAGCAGACGUGGACCGGCCAGUACCGUCUGCCGCUGUGUCCAAACGUUUUUCGUCUCUCAGCGCGAUAAGUAGGUCAUUCCGUCACGUGAGACUACCAAAACAUCGCUUGUUUAGGAGAUCCCAAAGUUUGGAGUACGACAUGCCACGUGACAUGCACGUGACAUCAUUUCCGGGAAAAUAUGACGAGACAACCGAUUCAGUUUUGCCAGUAACUGCUCAGGAGGAGGUAACUGCCAACUCCAGCUUAGAUUUCCAGAACCCACACGGCGAAGAGAGUUCUAACGAUUCUCCUGUGGACGUGAACCGUGCGCCUCAAACAAUGGACAGUCGCCAGAAGUUUAGCUCACGACUUUCACUCAGUGGUAGGCAUACAAAGUUGCAGGGACUAAACCUAAACAAAAUGCCUUAUGCUUUGAAAAAAUUUGCCAAAAAUACCAGCUGAUUUUUUUUUUAAAUAUUGAUACUCGAACUGUAAAUUUUAUUUUUAAUGAGAUAAAGGGUGUACACAAUUAUAUUAUUUGACCACUUGUAAACAAAAUUCCAGCAGAUCUGCCACAUAUCAAGCCCGAACAGGAGGUUUCCCCAUGGAAACUUUAUCAGGGUCUCAUUCUUCAGACGUACAAGAGUGUGUAACUUAUAAAGUUGUGCUGAGUAUAGUCUCUCUAGCAAAGCUUGGCGUGCUAGUGGUAUGACCAACCAGUACGGGGAGCACAAAGUUCCAUACAUGAUUUAGGUGUGAAAUCUAUUUUUAACA